GGAAAAAAAAAAGACUGAUGCAAUCUCAGAAGAAAGGCACUAAGAUAGAAUUCUGUUUCCUUCUCUGCUUCCAUACUAGAUGGGUUUCUGUCACUUUCUGGAAGCAUGAGAACCGCUAAACCUGCUUAGCAGGUUUCUCCAACAAAAGUCCAAGCCCAGCCCAGUCCCCCUUGAGGGGAGAAAGAGAGGAGGGAGGGAGAAGGCUGUCUGUGGACAAGUUUUUCGAGACUACUAAUGAUGAGAGAGGUCCAGUAGCAUGAAGGCUGGUUUUAAAGGAAGCUUUUUCCCCCUCUGACCUAAUGGCCAAGAUUCUCUUGGUCCUAGCGACUUGCCGUUGAGGCAACGGAGCCAUUGACGGUCCACUGCAAUGGCGGCGGGGGCGCCCGAUCCCCAGUCGCGAUUUGGCCAGUCAGUGAAGGGGCUGCUCACCGAAAAGGUGAAUGCCUGCGGUACCGACGUGAUCGCCCUCACCAAGCAGGUGCUAAAGGGUUCACGGAGCUCUGAGCUGCUGGGUCAGGCAGCUCGAAACAUGGUGUUGCAGGAAGAUGCCAUCUUGCACUCAGAAGAUAGUUUAAGGAAAAUGGCAAUUAUAACAACUCAUCUUCAGUAUCAGCAAGAAGCUAUUCAGAAGAAUGUUGAGCUGUCUUCAAAUCUACAGGACCAGCUGAAGCAUUUGCUGAAAUGAAAUGGCAUCUUGAAGACCCAAAAGCACAUUUCUCAGAACUGACAGGGAAAUAGAGUUCACAUCCCCAUCCUCUGUUCCAGCAGUUCAGUUAGAAGAGAAUUGUGAUGGCCUUCAGCUUCUGCCAGAAUAUGGGGUUUUCUCUCUCUAUGUAAAGACAUAAUUUAAGGCAAGACACAGAUUACAUGGAUCAACUCAGAAGUAUCAUUUGAUUCUAUGCAGACAAACCUGUUCUCUCUCACCCCAUUCUUCAUUUACUGUGUUUUAGUUUCAAUUAAAGCAGAAUUAAAAGACAUCUCAGUUA